UUUGGAAAACAGUGUGCUCGUGUCAAAUCCUAAAAUGGUUUUAUAUUAAGGAGACAAAUUGGAAUUUGUUGCCAUUUCAUUCGACGACCCACUGAGCUUUUGUUUCCCUGCGCAACGCAAGGCAGUCGCACAAGUGGAAAACACGAAUGGCGCUGUCAUGUCGCACUGUACGGCCCAGGGAUUUCGCCUCUUUUUUGCUUCUGCCGUUGUCUUCUACGCCUUUUGUAGAGUUCAAGGGAACGCUUGUCCAAAACGUUGGUCGUAUUUAGCGGGAUACUGCUAUUUCUUCUCCAACGACACUACCACGUGGCUCAACGCGCGGCAGCGCUGUAAGGAGACUGGGGGAGAUCUCGUGAAAGUAACUUCAGACGAACAAAACGCUUUUAUCGCUUCACGUUAUUCGAGUUCCCGUUGUUUGACCGAAGGAACCUGGAUAGGACUCCGCCGAAAUUCCAAAAAUUUGUCCCGAUGGGUAUGGUUGGACGAUUUCAAUGUGGUGCCUAAGUACACAAAAUGGCACAGAAAGGAGCCAAUGAACGAUCGUUUGGAUAAAAACUGCACAGAAAUACAUCCAAGUAAAAGCAUAUACUGGUAUGGAAGGGAGUGUUCUGCUCGAGGAUGCUAUAUUUGUGUUAAAGAUGCCAACGAGUGUAACAAUUAUAAUGUCUGUAGCGGUCAACCGUGUAUCAAUGUCCCAGGAAGUUAUAAAUGUUCUUGCAGGAAGGGCUUUACAGCAACAAAAGGACAGAAAAAAUGCGAAGACAUUGACGAAUGUAGAGAUAGAAAUGGUGGAUGCCCUCAUUGGUGUGUUAACACUCCUGGAAACUACAUUUGUCAUUGUAGAGAUGGAUAUGUGACGCAGAAGAAUGGCACAAUUUGUAGAUCAACAGAAUUUUCAACCGCUGGAACUGAGAUGAAAAGUAGAGAAGAGACUAGAAUUACAAGUACAAAGGCCACGAAUGACACAAAGCUAUCUACCCAGCCUCCACCUGAGAAACCACCUGGUGAGUCUGUGACUACAGAUUUUUAA